AUGCUGCGGCGGCGUUGUCCUCUACACUAUGAGCAUCUAUUACUGUCAGAUUCAGAGACAGAAUCCGAUGAUCUGUCUGAAAAAUAUAAGAUUCGAUUGCAGAAGAUAAAUGAGGAAGGAAGAAUUAUUGCAACAGAAUGUGAUAAAAGCAAGAAAGACAAAAAGAAAAUUGGCAUUCAAGAAGAGAGUAGAAGAGAUACAAAGGCACAUAAGGAAGAUCCAGAUGCUCUGGUAAAAUUGGCAAAAGAUUAUCAGCAGAGAAUGAAACAGAUUCCGAUCCCAGAGGGCCGGCAAACGACAACGGAGAUUGUGUUUAUAACUUGGCGUGGAUUAGCAAGAUCAAUGAAGCAACUUUAUGGACAACCGUUACACUAUCUCACUCAUGUUCUUGCAAAGCAGUGGGAUGAGUCAAGGAUUGGAACCGAGGACGAAGAUAAGCCAAUGGAAAACCUUAUUCAUCCAGCUAAAGCUGAAUCUAUCAUUUGGGAUGUUGAAGAAAUCCAUAGGCUUUGCACUUCUUAUUCUCAUUUGGCUAAGCUUUGGGUUUCUGAUCCUGAUUUCCAUACUUUUGUUGAUGAGAUUAUUCCACCAUCUUAA